AUGUCGAAGCAGAUCCGCUGCGAAUCUCUGCUCAGCCCACCGGUACCGUCUAGAAACGAGAUUGGCCCCGAGGUGGACGAUCUCGUAAAGGAAGCCUACUACGAUGCCCCGUCGCCAAUUCGGGAAGUUUUCUUCGGGUCCAAGCGGAUAGAGGGCAUGGCCCGGCAAAGCCCGGAGCUGGGUGACCCCUUGAUUGAUCCCAAGAACGAGAGCACCUCGCCCGGCACCGUUGGGCCGCUGGGCCACAAACGAUAUGUCAAGCAGUCGCUCAAGGCUUGGAAGCCGGUUGGCCCGGAGGCUGGUGUUGUAUCACCUGGAGUACGGCUUCGACUUGCCGGUAGCCAGAGGGCAUCAUCCAGCAGAGGAUAA